AUGCCAUCUCUUAAUUCGCGAGAAGCUCCCUACCCAGUUCUUGAAUUGGGCUGGGCGUGGCGCGGCGCUGCGCCUGCUUUCAAAGGUCCGCCAUUUCCCUCCCUCCUUCGUAUGAUCUUAUUUGUAAGACCAUUUUGGCAAUUCCUGGAAACCUCGAUCUCAAUCCGCGUCCGUUUCCUCCUCAAAAAAUCUCUCGGCAUGGCCGCAGAUCCUCUCCUUUCUGGCGAUCCUAAAUUCACGGCGCUCGAUCCGAUGGGCGGACGAAGUUCUUUCUUUUCCCCUUCUCCUGUGUGUGAACGAACCCGUCUGGUGGGUGCUGGCCUCAAGAACUUGGGGAAUACGUGCUUUCUUAAUGCGGUUCUGCAGUGCCUUACGCAUACGGUACCCUUUGUGCAGAAGAUUCGCAUGACGGGUCACUCUCCUUGCUUCCGUGGUGCUAAUGGGGAUUUCUGCUCAUUAUGUGCUCUGAAACAGCACAUCAACAGUUGUUUGUUGUUGCCCGGAUUUGUUAUCUCACCAGUAAAUUUUGCUGAAAACUUAAGCAAAAUAUCACCUUAUUUCCAAUUAGGUCAGCAAGAAGAUGCUCAUGAAUUCUUCCAAUCAUUGUUGGAUAGAAUCCAUUCUUGCUGUCUUGUUAGCAAAUCUGAGGAUUGGAAGUCUUCGCUAGAUAAAGAUAGCUUUGUUACACAAGUAUUUGGAGGGCGUCUUAGAAGUCAGCUACGUUGUUGUGGUUGUGGCCACCUCUCUAACUCCUUCGAACCACAUCUGGAUCUUAGCUUGGAGAUUGAUAAUGUGGACAGUGUUGUUAAUGCCCUAGCAUCCUUCACCAGGUUAGAAAAAAUUGAUGAUUCUGAAAUCAAAUUAAAUUGCAAUGGAUGUAAGUCGCAAGUCAUAAUGGAGAAGCAGCUCAAGUUGGACUUAGCACCAGAAGUACUUGCACUACACUUGAAGAGAUUUAAGAAUGUUGGAAAUACAUGCUACAAGAUCUAUGAUUCAGUGGAAUUUCCUUUGGAACUAGACUUGAGCUCAUUCUUGAGUUGUCCUGUAGAUGAGGUCCAAUGUAAGUAUAAUCUUUCUACGGUUCUGGUGCACAUUGGCUCACCAUAUUCUGGGCAUUACUAUUGCUUUGUUCGAUCCUCUCCAAGCACAUGGUAUCAGAUUGAUGACCAUAAGGUGACUAGAGUUUCCGAGGCAUAUGUUCUAGAACAAGAAGCCUAUGUACUCUUUUAUGUUAAGAAAGGUACAUCAUGUUGGUUCUCAAACUUUAUGGACACAAAGAAGAAACAUAUUGAGGAUGAUAUGAAUGGCACUUCUCCAAUAUCUGUGCUUAAUGGUCACGAAAGGUAUCUUUCCUCUCCUACAAACAGCGAAGAUUGUUUCAGUAGUUUGAGAGAAUCUCCUGAUGGCCUGAUAAGUUUUGGUUCCAGCAACAAUGUAUCUCUAGUAGGCCAUAUAGAAACUAACCCUGUGGUACCAAAUUGUGGCAAUGCUGAGAAGAUUCUAUCAGACAAAUUUGUUACACAUCUGACACUCCAAAGCAAGAUGAAGGGGGGAGAGAAUUCUGUUGGUGGUGAUGAUCGACCUCCAAUAAAAUCUGCCGGAUGGUCCAUGUCCGUCCAGGAUCUGGAUGAUUUGUCUGAAGAUGAAAUCACAGAAGAUGAGAAGGAUGACUUACCUCCAGCAGAGGAAUGCAAGGCCGCGAAUGAGCAAACAUACCAGCCUGUUGGCAACCAAACAGCUCCAGAGCCUAUGAAAGAUGAUACCCAAGUGAACAAGGCAUUUAACAGAUUAAUAAGGGGCAUGCCUAAAUCUCGGAGAUCAGGCAUUUUGGCUUGUCUUGCUUCUCAACAUGAGUCCUCCAGAAAACGGCCUUUUGACUUGAUUGAAUCUGAUGGCAGCAAAAAAGCUAAAGUUCAUCGAGGUGUGCAUGAUGAUGGAUCACAGCAAACGUCAUGAGCAAUGUCUCAGCCCCAUCCACAUUCUAUUAGAAAAGGCUUGUUUGCUGAACGACCAAAUAUGAGCUGAUUUCUUUCCUUUUUAAAAAAAAAAUUUUUUUUAGAGUUUUUGUUAAUAUCAGUGACCUUUAUUUUUGAUGCAAUGCAUAGUUUUAAUUUGUUCUAGAGUACUUGUUGCUAAAUUAGGCUUAUCUAUCUCUACUACUAAAUAUUAACAUUAUGCUGAAUGAUAUUGGUGCUUGGCAUAUCCAGUAUCUUCAGUUUGCA